GGCUAGUGGCAACGCCCUCUCUUAUGAACCGCAAAAUUUAUUAAACUACCUAGUACGUGUGUGAUUAGCCAAGUUAAUUCAACGCUAAAUUUUAACACAUUACCUUACCUUAUCUUCGUUGACUAAAAUAUGUUCAUUUUUCACACUUCAUCUAUGAACAAAAAAGUAAAAAUCCAUACUUAUUUGCAGAUCUCCGAGUGCCAAACAGAAAUGCGUGUGGAAACUAUGCUAAUCUCUCCUCAAUCUUCGGAGACAUAAUGGAUUGACUUUUAAUAAAAUAAACACCCUUCGAAUUAGCAAAAUUUAAAGAAAUUCUCAAAUGGCAAACUGAAAGCAGAUUUGUGAUUAAUAAAAUACGCAACUAAAUGAGCCCAUGAAUCAAAUAAAUAAUAAACCACUUAGUGAGGAAAACUAAUAGAAACCGGCUACUCGAAAUCCACGCUCCGAUAGCGGAAAAGUGUAGAAUUAAUUGGCAACACGCACACAAAGAAGAAAAUCGCAUAAUACCAGCGUUACGUACGGACGCGGAGCGUUAAAGCAAUAACGGAAACGGAAACACAAACGCAAACGGAUGCAAAAUAAUAAUUAAAUUUACUCAUUUUACACUUAUUUCCUGCUGCUGUAGUUGUUGUAUUUGAUGUAGUCGUAAUUAAAUUAAGCAGGAAGUAAUGGAAAAGUGUUAGAUAUAAAUUACGAGUGCCAGAUAGCUACAUAUAUUGUUCUCAUGUAAAUAUGUAUGUGUAUAUGCAGCUGCCUGUGUAUGUGUGUGGCGCGUGUAAGCACAUGAAACACAUUAAAAGCAAUCGCGCGUUGAUGGAUUAGCUGAAAUUGAAUGAAUACUAAAGGAAAAAAAAUAUUUCAUAUAUUAAUUCAAUAGUGCGAAAUUAAUUACAAGCAGCUGUAACUUUCUAUACACCGCAUAGAAACUCUAAAGAGCUUAAAAUCCGCAUGCUAACAAAUCUGCACUUAAACAUCUUAUUCGAAGUAUCGCCACAGCAUUGCAAAAAUUAGUAUUAUAAAAUCUCAACCCAUGCGGUAAUUAAUCGAUCACGCCGUUAACCAAAGGUUCAUAAAAACAUCAAACGCAAAAAGCUUUUAAGAUCUGUCAUUAUCAGUCACUUUAGCGUCAGCCAGUCAUCAAAUAGCAGCAACCUCUGGUCAGCUGCAAUCCGUUGUAGCAUUUGCUGGUCAUCUGCUGUUAUUCAAGAUGGCUGAUUUGGAACGCAUAAGGCUGGUUAUUCUAGGCGGUGCGGGUGUUGGCAAAAGUUCGAUUAUCAAACGUUUUCUCUUCAAAACCUACACAGACAAGUAUCGCGCAACGGUGGAGGAUCUCUUCAAUCGCGAAUAUGAUUUAGGCGGUGUUACCCUAAAGGUUGACAUUUUAGACACCUCCGGCGAUAUGCAAUUCCCCGCCAUGCGACGUCUGUCCAUUGCCACCGCUCACGCAUUCAUGCUGGUCUAUGCGUCAACGUCCGCGUCAAGUUUUCAAUGUGUCAAACAGUGUUUCGAAGAGAUACGCGAGCAGCGCGCAGACUAUCAAGAUAUUCCAAUCGUAAUCGCCGGCAAUAAAUUCGAUUUAGCCAAUACACAUAGAGAGGUCAGGCUGGAAGAAGUCACGGACUGGGUCUACUGCGAAUUGCCGCGACUAAGGGCGAAAGUGCUGGAGUGCUCCGCCAAGGAGGAUCACAACGUGAUUGACCUCUUCAAAACGUUGCUGUCUUUGUCGCGAUUUCUACCCGUUGGGAGCAAUAAUGAUGGCACAAGUGGACUGAAGCGACGCUCUUCGGCAUAUGUUAGCGCAUCGUCAAGUAGAAAUAAGAAUCGCAACGCCAGUCCAUCCGUUUCCAGUGAUAAAAAGUCUAGUUUGGUUGACGCCGUUGAUCCGGCCACCAGCAGCAGCGAUGCCAAAUUAAAGCCCCGCUCUAGGUCACUCAUACGCCGUGCAUCGCGCAAAACCAAACAGCAAAUCAACAACGCGUCCGACGACUGUAAUUUGCAAUAAAGUGAAGGAGGAGUGAAAAGUAAAUGAACAUGAAAGGAAUGUAAAAACUGAACCACAAAGCAGGAACUUAAGGUUAUUAACUACAAUUGUGCAACUGGGUAUAUGUAAGUCGGUAGGCAUAUGUGCGUUUGUGUGUAUUCGCGAAGCAGCCGGGUGGGUUGAACGCAAAGAUGUUAAUCUUAUGUUGAAAAAAUACAAAUUUUGAUAUGAACGCUUAAUUAGAAAUAUAAAAAACACUAUGACAGUAAUGUUAGUUAAUCGAUAAAUGGUUUUGUUUACGCAUACAUAUGCAACUUUGUGUAUGUUUGUUGCCAGGAAGUUGCCCAUGCAAAUAAAAGUGAAAGCGCAGCGGAAUUAAGUAAAUAAAUAGUUAAAUUUGCAAAUAAAUCAAAAUCACAAAGAGCAAUAAAUAAAUAAAUUUUGCUAGUUUUAAUUUUUUAGCUUAAUUGCGUGAUAGUUAUUAUUAAUAAAAAUUUAAAUUUAUAUUAAAAGCGGAAGUUUUUAUAAAUGUUAAAAUGUGAUUUUGUCAACGCAAACGCUCGAACGUUUUUUCGCGAUUAAAUUUAAUUUGCACACAACAAAAACCAGUU